UCCAUGGUGGUUAUACUGGUUUAUAUUCCUCCCAGGAAUAUAGAAAAAAAAAUGUAGAAGAGUUCCUUUCUCUCUACCACCUCAAUAGCAGGAUGUUUGUUUUGCUUUGUUUUUGCUUUUGAAUUCUUGAUGAUAGCUCUUCUUUUUAGAGUAAGAUGGAAUCUCAGUGUUGUUUUGAUUUAUAUCCCCCUUUUUCUUUAUUUUGAGACAGGGUCUCCUAAGUCACUAAGUUGCCCAUUUGGAUUCCUCCUGCCUCAGCCUCUCAGAGUGCUGGGAUUUCAGGCGGCAAAACUAAAGUUGUUUUGUUUUUUGUUGUUGCUUUUGCAGUGCUAGGCUUGAAGUGAGGGCCUCAAACCUGCAUGGCAAGAGUGCACCCCAGAGCUGCAGUGCCAACACCACAGUCCUCUUAGGGCCCCUAGUAAUAUGAGUGGCAGAAAAUGGUGUUAGUCUGCGUGUAAGUGCUCAGAGGCGCAGUUUGUGUGUUUCAGAGGCAGCCUUAGGCGGCACCUUUCCACUCAGGAUUAGCAAGGGCCAUAGAGGUACGCCAUGUGGUGUCUCCUUUAACAGAACUUUGGUUGACCCGCAAACUUGGACUAAGUGGAAGUUAUUUGUAUAUCAUUGGCAUUUUCUACUGUGCUGCUGUCAGAGGGGCAGAUGAAGCCCUUAAGUGGCCUCAGUUGCUCAGGGACCACCUGGUGUGUAGGGCUCCCAACAUCACAGGCUGAUUCAUGGGCAGAGCAGUGCCCAGCGCAAAGUGCUCAGUGACCCCAGGGCGUGGCCACACAGCAGUGCCUGUGCCAUCAGCUUACGGUCCUUGGGCUGGAGCACAAGCAACCGGCAUCCGCACAGUACCCAGCGCAUGUGGGGAUCUCAGAGGCAACAAGUGUCACUGUCACGACUGGACAAGAACUCUUAAGAGCAAACCUUUUGGUACCAACCCUGGAGGGGCUAACAGCGCAGCGCAGGGGUUCAGUAUGAGCUCAGUGUGCUUACAUCCCUGGUGCCCCAAUACUCCAAACAGAAAUCUAGGAGAAAAACUAUCCCUUCCGACCAGGACAGAUCCUCUGGGCUCAGAGACAGCUCCAAGCUGGCUGGCUGUACUGUCAGGGGUGGCUCAAACUCUGGUCCUCUGAGGGUUUGUGUACUGGAAGCAUGGGGUGGUAAGGCCCAGGGGAAGUGGGGAGCACCUUGGAGCAACGCCCACAGAAGGGACUGAUGUUCUCUCAGGUACAGUGGGUCCCCCCGCAGAGCAGCAGGUUUCGGGGAGGCUGGUGCACCCAGCCUCCUGUCUUCCGUUGCUGCUGUUUGAGACAGGUCAUGCUGUAUAGUGUGUGCUUGUAGUGGACUGCCUGCACAGCUGUCCCUGAAGAAAGAACAAUUAUCUCCAUGUUGGCUAAGCCUGGCCCUGUGGACAUGUCAGUACAUGAACUAUGGCGCAAGUCGCACUGCCUGUGCCACCUGGGGAAGACGCUGAGUCCUCAGAGAGCAGGAUGGUGGUGACCUUCCUCAUGUCUGCCCUCGAGUCCAUGUGCAAAGAACUGGCCAAGUCCAAGGCCGAGGUGGCCUGCAUCGCUGUAUAUGAGGCAGACGUGUUUGUGGUGGGCACUGAGCGAGGCCGUGCCUUCGUCAGCGCCCGAACAGAUCUGCAGAAAGACUUUGCACAAUACUGUGCCACAGAAGGGCUGGGUGAGGAGAAGUUUCCAUGCCCGGCCGGUGGGAUGCAGGUCGGCUCGGGGGAGGUGGAGACCCUCAGGAAGGCAGUAGAAGACUACUUUGGCCUGUGCUAUGGCAAAGCACUGGGGAUGACAACCAUGGUGCCCGUCCCCUACGAGCAGAUGCUGCGGGACCCGGCAGCUGUGGUGGUGCGGGGACUUCCAGAGGGUGCGCCUUUGCAGCACCCUGACAAUUACGAUUUGCCGACUCUGCAGUGGGUGCUGGAGCACAAAGCAGGGAUUUCCUUCGUCAUAAACAGGCCUUUCCUGGGUGCAGACAACCAGCUAGGUGGCCAUGGGACAGUGACAGAUGCUGAGAGGUCCAUGCCAUUACCAAAGGAAAGCUAUGUCCCCAUCUCUGUGAAAACGGAACCCCUGGAGGAGCCAGGUAUCUCCCUGAAGGCAGAAGCUGUGACCGUGAAGAAAGAAGCCGAAGACCCUAAUUACUAUCAAUAUAGCAUGCCAGAGUCCACUCAGCCGGUCUCUUCAGAAACCAAUGAAGACUCUGAAGGCGAUGUGAAAAUCAAAAGAAACACAAAUCCAUCCAGCAUCACAGCUUCUGCAUCGGGUGUUGAAGAGCUUAACAUCGUGCAGGUGUCGGUUCCAGAUAAUGAGAAGGAAAGAUUAUCAAGCAUUGAAAAGAUUAAACAGCUACGAGAACAAGUUAAUGACCUCUUCAGUAGAAAAUUUGGUGAGGCAAUUGGUGUGGACUUCCCUGUGAAAGUGCCCUACAGGAAGAUCACCUUCAACCCGGGCUGCGUGGUCAUCGACGGGAUGCCCCCCGGCGUGGUGUUCAAGGCGCCUGGGUACCUGGAGAUCAGCUCCAUGCGGAGGAUCCUGGAUGCUGCUGAGUUUAUCAAGUUCACUGUCAUCAGACCACUUCCGGGGCUCGAGCUCAGUAACGGUGUGAGCCACCAUGCCUCGCUUGCUGUUGCUUUUCUAACAGUAACGCUGAGACCAAAGGGAAAUCGCUCAUGUUUCCUGUCUCUACCCAAAGUGGGCAAACGCAAGAUUGACCAAGAGGGUCGCAUGUUUCAAGAGAAGUGGGAGCGCGCGUAUUUCUUCGUGGAGGUGCAGAGCAUCCCCACGUGUCUCAUAUGCAAGCAGAGCAUGUCAGUGUCCAAGGAGUACAACCUACGGCGCCACUACCAGACCAACCACAGCAAGCACUACGACCGAUACACGGAGCAGGCAAGAGACGCCAAGCUGGAGGAGCUCAAGAGCGGGCUCCAGAAGUAUCUCCUGGGCUCAUCAGAUGUGCUGUAUCCCGAGCCCAAACUCCUCCCCAGUGUGAAUCCGCCUGAGAGCAUCAUGGUGCAGCCCAUAGAAGAUGUGGCUGGGAACCCAUGGGAGAAGCUGCGUGAGAAAAUCAAAUUGUUUGUGGCCUACUCAAUCGCCAUCGAUGAGAUCACAGACAUAAACAACACCAUGCAGCUGGCCAUCUUCAUCCGGGGUGUCGAUGAGAACUUUGAUAUGUCCGAAGAGCUCCUCGACACGGUGCCCAUGACAGGCACAAAAUCUGCCCAUGAGAUCUUCUCACGCGUGGAGAAGAGUCUUAAGAAAUUUAACAUCGACUGGUCCAAGCUGGUGAGCGUUGCAUCCACUGGUACUCCGGCCAUGGUGGAUGCCAGUCACGGAUUGGUCACCAAGCUCAAGGCCAAGGUAGCCAUGCUCUGCAAGGGCUCAGACCUGAUGUCCGUUUGCUGCAUCAUCCACCCCGAGUCCCUGUGUGCACAGAGGCUGAAGAUGGACCACGUAAUGGACGUGGUGGUGAGCUCUGUGAACUGGGUCUGCUCCCGGGGCUUGAACCACAGUGAAUUCACCACGCUGCUCUACGAGCUUGACAGCCAGUAUGGCAGCCUGUUGUAUCACACUGGGAUCAAGUGGCUCAGCCGCGGGCUGGUGCUAAAGAGGUUCUUUGAGUCCUUGGAGGAAAUCGACAACUUCCUGUCUUCUCGGGGGAAACCUGUGCCUCAGUUGAGCUCCCAGGACUGGAUCAGGGACUUGGCCUUCCUGGUGGAUAUGACCACGCAUCUCAACACACUGAACAUGUCCUUGCAAGGACACUCCCAGAUGGUGACGCAGAUGUACGACCUGAUUCGGGCAUUUGUGGCCAAACUAUGCCUCUGGGAGACGCACUUGGCCAGGAAUAACCUGGCCCACUUUCCCACGCUGAAAUCAGUUUCCAGGAAUGAAAGUGAUGGGCUGAACUACAUCCCGAGGGUCGCAGAGCUCAAGAGCGAGUUCCAGAAGCGGCUGUCCGACUUCAAACUCUACGAGGCUGAGCUCACACUAUUCAGCUCACCGUUCGCCAUCAAGAUUGACAGCGUGCGCGAGGAGCUGCAGAUGGAGGUGAUUGACCUGCAGUGCAACACUGCGCUGAGGGCCAAGUAUGACAAAGUGGGUGUCCCUGAGUUCUACAAGUAUCUGUGGAGCAGCUACCCCAGGUACCGAAGCCACUGUGCCAGGAUCCUGUCCAUGUUCGGCAGCACCUACAUCUGUGAACAGCUCUUCUCCAUCAUGAAGCUGAGCCAAACCAAGGAUGGCUCUCAGCUGCAGGACUCACAGUGGGACUCUGCGCUUCAUGGUGCCACCUAGGAAGGAAGCGUCCACUGCGCCCAGCCUUGGGGUCCACUGGCCUGGUGAAGGCCCACUGAGGACAACGGGUUAGAUCAUAUAUUGGAGUGUCCUCUUUUCCCAUUUUGAAUUGGAAGUCUAGUUUGCAGGAUCACACCCACUGGCAUGGUAUUUUAUGCUUCACUGUAGUUCAGUAAAACUGAAGAAAGCUGG